CAAGAGCUUUCAAUCCAUCGUUCCAUAAAUCACCCCAAUAUAGUCACCAUGUUAAAUCACGUGUCAUCAAAUGAAAAAGUCGGCUUAGUUGUCGAAUUUUGUUAUUGUGGAAAUUUAGACCAAUUGCUUCGGACCCGAAAUGCUCGCUUCUUUUCCGAGCCAAUUGCUCAACGGUAUUUCAAACAAAUGUUAUCUGCUGUAGAAUAUCUAUCCUGUAUUGGAAUUUGCCACAGAGACAUUUGUACCACAAAUAUUCUUUUAACAAACGAUAACACUGUGAAACUGGCGGAUUUCGGUUGCGCGGUUCGAUUCAUGACAGGCGAUGAUCUUCGUACCGAUAUUUGUGGUACAGUUGGAUAUCAAGCACCGGAAAUGAUCUGUGGAAAAUCAUACAAUCCAAAAACAUCGGAUAUUUUCUCUCUGGGUUGUUUGCUCUACUGUAUGGUGGUCGGGCAUCUGCCUUACGGUAAAUACCGCACAGCUGCAGUUGCAUUGCACUUAAAGACUGUGCAGUUUCCAAAGAAAGAGAUUCUCUCUCUAUCACAUGAUAUGCAAGAUUUACUCAAAGGAAUGCUGGCUUAUGUUCCACAUUCUAGAUAUUCUCUGAAUUGUAUUAAACACAGUGCUUGGUUGCAAACACAUUCUAGCAGAGUUCAGAUUGGUAAUUUCUAUCUUGUGCGUCAGCCCCAGAAGGUGUAUGAAGGCAAACGAGAAAAAGAGCUCAAGUUUAGCUAUGAGAUUUGA